AUGCCUCGAAGCCAUAGCCAUGGCCACUCAAUCCGAUCCAUCGGCAAACGAUCACCUAUCUGGAAUGCCAAGCUCCACCGGCGUGAGGUGCCACAAGAACAUUCUCACGAGAUCUUCCUCACUAUCGUGAACGAGUUCCUCCGGAAGGACAACCCAGACAACAUCCAAGAUGCCGUCUUCGGCCUCCUUGGCAAUGCCGCUGGCCAGGCAGGCCAAGGCAAGAUCACCGACACCGACUGUCUCCAACAAGCCACGGCAGACCGAGCAUUCACCAACGCCAAGAAUGAGGACGACCUGGACGGCAUGAUCGCAUCCCUGAUUUACCGCGCCCUUGAGCGCAACACCGGCGCCGUGGGCCAGGAGUCAGUGCUCUGCACGUCCAUCCAAGCCGUGAACCCCGAGAUCGCGGCCAUCUCACAGCACCAGGACCCGGCGUCCGACGGCGCGGCGGCCACCAACAAAGCCAUCGCGCUUGAGCUCGCCGUCCAGAUCGCCCUCAUCGGCGGCGACCCACUGGACGCCCUUGACUCGGGCACCUUCGCGCCCGGCGAGAUCGGCGACCCGACCGGUGCCGGAAACACCUGCGAUGACCUCGACGAUACCCAGGGCUGCAUCUUCACCCAAAACCUCAUCGUCGAAGACGCCACGGAAGACGAAGUCAAAGCCUUCGUUGCCUCCCGCACCGCAGGCGGCGCAACCCCUCCCGCCGCAACUGGCGGAGCAGCAGCAACAGAGUGCCCCGUCACCACCACUGGCGCUGCCGAACCCGCAAAAACCACCCUCGCGACCGUGACAAAACCCGCCGACACCAAGGCUACCAGUAGUGCAGCCCCGCCCCCCGCCACCACCACCGCGCCCCCUUCUCCCGGCAACAAGCUCGACAUCGGCACCUGCAGCAACGCGAAGGUCAUCUUCGCCGCGAACCUCGACGGCCGCAAGGAGGCCAUGGCCUUUGAGCCCGCUAACAAGACCGACUUCCCUCACGGCUCAGCCGAGAACAUCAAGAUCAUCACCGACUUUAUCUGCCAACAACUCAACACCAAGUGCAAAGCCCCCAAGGCGACCAUCGACGCGUGCACCGCCGCGGCGGGACUAGCCGGUGCUGCCACUGGCCAGGCUGCCGCGGAUGCGUUCAAUUCUGCCUUCGGCAAUUGA